AUGAAUCAGGUCACCAAGUUUGACGGAACCCAUGAGGAUCUCAUCCACGACGUUGCCUUCAAUUACUACGGCAACCGCCUCGCGACAUGCUCAUCGGACCAGAGGAUCAAGAUCUGGGACUAUAACGAAGGAGAGGGUAUCUGGGAGUCCAGCAUUUCCUUCAAGGCAAGUGCACUUCAAUCAUUUAACACCUUCCAGCCUAUCUGGUUCAAGGACCCACAUUGGCAGCACACUCACGCAAUGAAGAAGUGGACACCGGUUGCGACGUUGAGAGAUGGCAAUGGAACUGUACAGGAUGUUGAAUUCGCACCCAACCACUUGGGCCUUCGUCUGGCGAUUGUGGCAGCAGACGGAUUGGUCAAGAUUUACGAGGCGAUGGAUGUUACAAGCUUGGCACACUGGACCAUGAUCGACUCAUUCCCCGUCGGAGAGGGCCCUAGCAAGGAUGAAGAAGGCAACCACUGCCUCUCCUGGUCAACCUCGAAAUUCACCUCUCAAAUGAUGGUCGUCGGAUGUGCAAAGGACCAUGUGGCCAAGAUUUUCCGUCAGGAUCAUAACAACAAGUGGCAGGCCUGUGAGGUCCUUGGAGGACACGGUGGAGUGGUUCAUGAUGUGAGUUGGGCACCCAACAUGGGCAGGAGUUAUAACCUGAUUGCAACGGCUUGCAAGGAUGGACAUGUGAGGAUAUUCAAGUUGACGGAUGAUAGUCAGGGUGGUGCUCUGACGGGGGGUUGGUCGAGAAAGAUGUUCAAUGUUACGUGCAUUGCGGAUUUUGCGGACCAUAACGCAGAGGUGUGGAGGGUUGAGUGGAAUGUAACGGGGACGAUCUUGUCCUCCUCUGGCGACGACGGCAAAGUCCGUCUCUGGAAAGCAACGUACACGGGAGACUGGAAGUGCAUGAGUGUUGUCUCUGCAGAGGAAGGGCCCAGCGGCUUCCAGCGAUAG